GCGCAGAGACGAUCCAAGCCCUUCAGCACUCCCGUAAAUCACUUUAUCCAGGUUGAUUGCUCAGUUUAAAUCCCCCAGAGUCACUGAAUAACCUCACUAUCACUGGUUUACUCCGCGUAAACCCACUGGAAGCACUCACCGACAAAUAAAUCGUCCCACCAAACAAACACUCGAAGUUUAAUUAUUUACAGAACCCUCGGAUCAAUAUACGCACGAUCACUCAGUGAUUAAAUCUGUAAUUGUAGUAAUAUGUCAACAGAGUCGAACGAUUUUACUCCGGUCUGUAAGCAAACAAACGGAACAGCUGAUUAUCGGAGCCAAACUCUCUUCACCGCUCGGUGCUGCCAUCUCACGACAAAAAGGCGAGCUCAUAACGUGCGAUAAAAUAACAACAAGGGACGUGUUGUUGGCAGUUGUUGGAGGUUAAUUUUUCGACACUCGACUAUUGACUCUUGUGCAAUCAUUAUCAUUAAUAUUCUUGAAAAAAUUCCAAUUGCGGAAGUAUGAGAGACGAAUGAAAUUCUAGUGACCGAGAGAUCAGGGAAAACAUGAGUGAAUGGAGUGAGGGGAUUUUUAGUUGUGCAAUUGAUUAUUUCGGAGUGAAACGUUCCCGUGUGAUGGGAAGUUUAUCAACGGAUUUUAAUUACUUAAUUGAGUAAUUUAUUGGGAAGAGUGAAUUUAAAGUGAACUUGGAGUGAAUUUCUGAGGCCCUGGAGCUGCAGGUCUCGGAUUUUACCCGUUUUCAGCUUUAUACAGUGAAAAAUGAAUAAAAUACGAGGGGAAUCUGAUUACACUCUACUAAUUGGGGAAGAUCACAGCACAAAUUACCGUAUUGUUAUUUCUUUCUCGAAAUUGGCGUGGUUCACAGUUUCCCUACCAUUCUUUGCCUUUGUAUUUUGCAUAUUGUGGUCUGUUACUUAUAAUUUCGAGCAUGCUACGUCCACCCAUUGCCAGGUUUACAACUUCUUACCAUCAAUAUCAGCAGCUAUUGGGAAUUAUAAACCUCAGAAGGAUGUCUGGAAGAUAGCUAUUGCUCUGCAGGCUGUCAACAGGUUUCUAGUAUUCGCUAUGUAUUAUUAUUAUUACAAAGAGGUUGUUCAUAAGUGGGCUGAGGGGGUCAGCAGGUCUGCAUUGUUCGCUUACGCCCUGGAGAAUAUAUCAUUGGUGACUUUAAGCUUUUGGACUUCCAGUGAAAAUUAUGCCUUUCAUAAACUCUCCUUCAUCACUUUUCUCAUUAUGUCCCUGAUCCACAUGGGACUGUCGAUUUACAUUGAGAAAAAUUGUAGACACGCGUCGAGGGAUGCUAAUGAACUGAGGUCGUAUGUCCUCAAGACGAGAGCAAUGACUCUCAACAUCUUUUCGAUAUUCAUGGCUUGUUAUUUCUUCUGGAGACACAAUGCAUAUUGCGAAUCUUUCGUGUAUUCAAUGUUUGCUCUGUUCGAGUACAUGGUUGUGCUGACCAACAUGGCUUUCCACGUGACAGCAGCCUGGGACUUUGCUGGCAGAAGCCUAUUGUUAUCAACGAGGGGAGUGAGAAUAGUUUAAUUUGUUAAUAUUUGUAUAUAUGACUACGAAAUGAAUGAGGGAUCGAUGUAUUUUUUACGCCCAGAAAUGGACUCGUGCCAGAUUUUGUGAUGACUUUUUAAAUAUAUGAGAUUAGCUAACAACUUGUUAUCUUGUUAUUCGUCUUGUAAUAAUUUUCAGUUGGUAAGGCCGCUGUUCUUCAAAAUAUUGAAACAAUAGUGAGAAAAUAUCGUUUUUUAUGAAUGACUUAUGAGUUUUUUCUAUUUUUGAUUUGUUAAUUAGAUAUUAAUUGCUCGAAUCGUCGUGCAAUUCUUUCGAAAUUGGUAUGUUUUAUUGAUUUUUAAAUAUCCUUCACUGAUGACUGCAGCUGAUCGGAACAUGGCCCGCAAUUUUUUAAGAAACUUGUUAUUUGAAUUCAUUGAAAAACAUUAGCUUCAAACACAAUAAAAAAUAUUAUAAUGAAUUUUGUACACAUAUAGGAUUAUUUACCAUCUCAUUAUCUAUAUUCAUUGAUUGAAAUCAUGGAAUCCACGAAAAAUUAAUGAAAUUCAUUGAAAAUUAUCAGCAUCAAACAAAAUAA